AUGCCGAAUAUAAUUAGAGUAUUAAUUCAAUGUUCGGUGGUGUUACUACUAAUAACACUACCAGUGAAUAGUAGUGACAACGAUGUCGUUUGUGAUACUGAAGGUAAAAUAAUAAGAGCUGGCUACCCGCAUGAGAAAUUUGAUGUGAUAACUGAAGAUGGCUACAUCUUACAAGUGCAUAGGAUCCCUCAAGGAAAGAAUCAAAAUCAAACUAUAUACAGGCCUGUUGUUUUUUUGAUGCAUGGCCUCUUUGCUUCUCCCAGCUGUUACGUUGAGUUAGGAUCACAAUAUGCCAUUGCAUUCAAUCUAGCUGAUGAAGGCUUUGACGUCUGGCUAGGAAGCGCAAGAGGAGUCUGCAACUCCCGCCGCCAUCAACAAAUGGAUCCUGAUGAUAGAAUCGAGAAACAUAAGUUCUUCGAUUAUUCCUGGCAUGAAAUAGGUUUAUACGAUCUCCCUGCCAUGAUAGAUUUUGCCUUAAAAGUGUCUGGUCAAGACAAACUAUUCUAUAUCGGCCAUUCACAAGGGGGGACCACGUUCCUCGUUUUAAAUUCUAUGAAGCCCGAAUACAAUUCCAAAAUAAAAGCAGCACAUCUGUUAGCGGCUGUUGGUUAUCAGAAAAACUUUCCUAAUGAAAGAAUGAAACGUUACGCUUUAUUGACAGAUCCGCUUGUUGAAGUUACAAAGAUGUUUGGAAUUGUUGAGUUAGACUCUGGUUUCUUAAGUGCCGCUCCAAAAGAAACAGAAAAAACAGAAGAUCCAAGUGAAGUACGCGUUCCUAUAUCGGACUUGGGAACAACGGCAGCCGUAAAGCAAAUGGCGCAUUACGGUCAGAAUGUAAGGGACAAGACAUUCCGUCGAUGGAAUUAUUCGCUAGGUGAAAAUCUUUUACGAUAUGGAUCUCUUACUCCACCGCGAUACAAUCUCAGUCUCAUCAACGUGGAUAUAACCAUGCAUUACACCCUUGGAGACGUCUUGCUCGAUGAAAAUGACGUUUUAGAUAUGGUAAGAGACCUGCCUCACGCCAAGGCGCGGAAAUUAACUAGAGACAGCUUUACACAUUACGAUUUCGUACAGUCUUCAUUUGUCAAAUCUUUAGUGACAGAUUACGUAAUUAAUGACCUGAAGCGACGGUAG